ACUUCCGGUCGCUUUUAUCCGCUUGUUUGCUGGCCAAAAAGAAUUAAAACUAUGUCAUACGAGUAAACUUUAAUGUACUUUUAAUUGAUACGAUGACAACUACUUGUUCAUUUCAGAAUGAACAACUUGUUUACAAACACAACCGUGCUGUUGACGGAAGAAUUCGUGAAAUCGUGUUCCAAAGAGACCCUGCAGUCAAAACUUACAAAGCUUAGGCUGGUCACUGGUAUACAGUUCAGUAAGGCAAACAAAUCGUACGCAGUGACUGGUAGUUGGGAUCAAGUGGACGCUGCUUUCGAGAUUCUUACUCACUGGCAAACGUGUCCAGAGCAUGAACCAGACUUCGAGAAUGCUUUGGAUGGCAAAAUUACAAAACUUUGUAACUGUGAUAUUGUCAAUGAUUUCUUUCAAAAAUGCAGACAACAGCAUGGCCAAACUGAAAGUGAAAGUAGAAUCAAUACAACUGCUAAGAAUCAUAUAAAUAGUAAUUACAAUGAAGCUGAUAAUGCAUUGAUUGAACAAACUGUUGAAGUUUUGGCAAAGGAAUAUGCAAAUCUAAAAGAUAAGUUGAAAUUCAGACGAAAGGAUUUAAAGCGUAUUGGGAGAAAAGAUGAAAAAAUUACACAGGAUCACAGACCGCUAAAAUGUAAAAUAUUAAAUAAACAUAAGAAAGAAGUUGAACAAAAUAACUUCAUAAAUUCUAGUAAGAAAACAGAUGAAAAUACCAUUCAGUUAGAUGAAAGUCGCUUACAUAAGAAAACUAAGGCUACUGUGUUGGAUAGUGAUGAUUUUUUAUCAGCCACAGCAGGCGUAAGACAUUCAACAGAGAAGUCUCCUAGUAGUAGCAGUGAAAACUUUGAGCCAAUUGUUCCUGCUAAAAGUAUAAGCCUUAAAACCGAGAAAUUUUCUAAAUCAGAAUCUGAAAACCACAGACAUGAGUCUUAUAAAGCAACUGAAUGCAUUGUAAACAAUGACAAAAAAGUGCAAUUAGCAGCAAAAAAGACUACAAAGAAGCAGAAGAAGCCUGGUGAUAAAGGAUACUGGAGCCGAGCUAAAAGAAAUGAUGGAAACCUAAGCCAUCAUUGUCAAGAGUGUAAUGUUACUCUUAAGUCUAGAAAACGGUAUCUUGAGCAUAGGAGACGUAUCCAUAUAAGAGAAUAUCAGUGCAAAGUUUGUGAAAAGAGGUUUGGUUAUCCAACUGAUUUGAACCGCCACAAAUGCCCAGGUGUUGUAGUUAAAGAAAGAAACAUUGUCAAAGAAUACAAAACGAAGCCAACUGCUCCAUCAGAGUCCGUAGAAUUUCAGUGUCUAGAAUGUAACUAUGUUACACCGGUGAAGAUGAGACUGAGCUGUCAUAUACAGAGGACUCAUAGAAAAGAAUUUGCAUGCGAUGAGUGUGAUAGGAGAUUUGGAUAUUCAAAAGACCUUCUCAAACAUAAACAAAACAUUCACAGUGGCACAGAAUUUUUCUGUGACCAGUGUUCAAAAAUUUACAAAAACAAACAGAUGUUUGACAGCCAUCUUAAAACCCAUGAGAUGGGAUAUGUUAAGCCCAUUUAUAAUUGUGAACAUUGUUCAAAGUCCUUAACUACCAAAUACUCUCUUGCUGUUCAUAUGAAAUCAGUUCAUUUAGGUAUGAAAAAAGUUUACCUUUGUCAAAUGUGUGGAAAGAAAUUUAGCCAGCGUAGUUCAUACAAACAGCACUGUAAUGCACACAAUGGAAUUAAACCAUAUAAGUGUGAUGUAUGUGAAAAAGCUUUUGUGUAUCACAAGUCCUUGAAAGAGCAUAAAUUCAUGCAUGAUAAUAUCCGUCGUUUUCCUUGCACAUUUUGUGAUAAAGCGUUUCGUCAAAGAACCACCCUUCAUAUUCAUUUGAAAACUCAUAAAACUGUUAAAGACCAUGUAUGCCCUGUUUGUGGACGUGGGUUUGCCCAGAAGCAGGCGAUGGAGCGACAUGAAAGGAUACAUUCGGGUGUAAGACCAUACACAUGUCUAGUAUGUAACAAGUCAUUUGGUGAUACAUCAACAAUUAGAAGACAUAUGAUCUCGUUACACCAAAAGACAGAAACAAACUGGCGUGAAGAAAUUCUGUCUACUGUUAAGAAGAAAAGUGAUUACUAUGUGUAUGGUGGAACUGGUCAGAAUAGAGUUUACAAGUCAGAUCCAUCUAGAAAACCUCCUCCAUCAAAGAAAAAGACUGCUUCAGUUUCGCACUCAAAACCGCUGCAAGCGCAAACCCCAGUACUGCAGGUGCAGCCAGAGUUAGUUCAACCAGAACCUAGUCUAAUUGUGUUGAAUCCAGUCCAAAACAACAUGAUACAGGAUCCAAAAUUUGAUUAUGUAAAUGUAAUAAAUGGCAUUCAAGGACAAUCACAAAAUGGCAAUGCAGCUAACGCUGCACAAAAUGUUCAGACAUUUCAGACCCUACAGCCAGGAACUAUAUAUGCUAUUUCAACUUCCCAGGCCCAGCAGAUACCACAACAAAACCAGAAUUGUGCAGUAGCCUCACCUAUUCAAGUUAACAACGGUUUAAGUCAAGUAAUAGAUUUCUCAACAAUGACAUUUGUGGCUUCUAAACUCCCAAAUCAGUCCAAUGAUAAAUAUGAAAAUGGAGAACAAAAUAUUCAGAUGCCCUUGCAGCUUCAGGGGCAAAACAAUGUGAUACAAAAUGCAACAAUAGUGCCAUUGACUCCUGUGACAGAGUGCCUCAAGGUUGGCCAGACUGGCUCUCCUGCUCCAGUUUCUUCAGACUCAUCUUUGAGUCAGGCAAUUGCUAGUAUUUGGGGUUUUGUUGGUUAUCCCUCGUACCAAAGUCCAGGAAAUCUCUCACAGUAUCAACCAUCACAGAAUCAGUAAAUGUGGCUAUAUAGAAUAUUUUAGACUCUUUUCAGUUGACAUUUCUAAGUUUGUUUUCAAUUCUUCUGACAUUUAUGCAUUUCAUACAGCUGUACAUGCAUGUCUCCACAUGUUAAUCACAAAUAUUAGAAAUUCUAAAAUUAAAAAGCAAAAAAUCUGGAGGCCAAGUUACUUCACAGAAAUAUAUUUUAAUUAAAUGAUUUAAAUUAGCUACCACCAGGUAAUGUAGGCUAUAUGAAGGAAUGUUUACAGUUUUGAUAAUUAUUGUUACACUGGCAAAGGGAUUUUUUAGCUUGACUAUACAUUUAGUAUAUGGAGAGCUGUCCUACUUUGGAUGCACUUUCACUCUGUCUAUAGAUGUUAUUACUAAAUGGGUUUGAUUCAAACUUGUAGUAGUUAUUGCACAUCAGCACCCACAUCAUAUGACACAAGGGUCAUAACUUGCACCAAUAUUUCAUUAGUUAUGCCCCCUUUUCACUUAGGAUUUCAGGUUAAUGUAUCCUUGUUAAUACUAAUAAUUAUUUAAUGGAUUUGAUUCAGACUUAAAAUGGUUGUUCCAUAUCAAGGUCCAUAACUCUGGCACCAAUAUUUUAUGAGUUAUGUCCCCUUUUUACUUAGAAUUUCAGGUUAAAGUUGUGAUGCCCUUUUGCUCCAUCUUAGUUAUUACGAAAUGGAUUUGAUUCAAAAUUAAAAUAUAGUUGUUCCACAUUAUUAGUCAUAUGAUAUGACACUUGCAGAUAUAUUCCAUGAAUUAUGUGCCUUUUAUGCUGAAUGUUUCAAUAAACUUGCACCUUAUCUCUGUAAUUAUUUAAUACAUUUGACACAGACUUAAAACUUUGAUCAGUAUUGUACAUUGGAGUCAUUCAACACUCACUCCAGCUUCCUCAGAUGUGCUCUAUUUCACUACCCAGCAUCAAAACAGUCGAGCAUGCUGUCUCCUGUGACAGCUCUUGUAGAAUUUUGCAACAGAAUUUUUAUCUGUAUGCAUUUUUAUCUCUCUAUUUUUCAUUCUAGCAGACAGCUAGGUUAAUCAACUUUUACAAGUUUAUUUUUUUACAUAUUACAUUGUGUGUGAUUUUUACCCUAUAUUUAAUUACUGUGAUUCUAUAAAGUAUAAUUAAAUAUGUUGAUAUUUUUCAUGCACCUAUAGUUAAAACUUCAUCAUAGGAAGUAGAAAAACAGAGUUUUGAUGUGCUUGUAAUUUUAGUUGUAUAUUUUCAUCUCGCCAGAGUUUGCCUCAUUAUCAGCGUCAGCACACUUUGGUUAAAGUUUUGUGUACAAGGUCAUUAUCUCAAUAAAUUGUGAAUAACCAUUGCAUGCAUUGAAAUGAAACUUCACACAAGUGUUCCAAGUCAUCACAGGAAAUAAAGAAGUUAGAUGACUUUUGGUUGAAUUUAAAUAAAUGACCUUUUUUCACCUUAGAAAAUUCUGUUAGUAUUGUAUGUACCUUAGUAACAACUACAUACAUUUGUAUGUGUUCGACUAAAACUUCAUACAAAGCUUCCCAGUCAUCAAACAUAAUUACAUAACUGAGUUAGGUAACUUGUUUGAAUAUGACUUGACUUUUUUUUUACUUAAGUUUAUGGAAAAUGUUGUUGAAGUUUUCCAUGCUGGCUGAGUUUGGAAUUAUUGCUAGAAAAAGAUUUUGAGUUUGAUAUAAAAUAACUGCUACAGGCAUUGCCAAUUGUAGGAUCAUGUUUAACUAAGAAAUUGUCUGGUACUCAAGUGCGCUUUAACUUAGAAAUUGUCUGGUACUCGAGUGCACCUGUCUUGUGAAAAGCUUUUGUUAGUUUGGACAACUUGUCAGAAACAUGUAUUUAUGUAUUUCAUCAAAACUUGGGUCUUUAUGGUUAGUAAGAUGCUUAUUUUAUUAAGUUGGCUAUAAUUGUAAUUUCUGGUUUCAUGAUAUUUAUCAGUUCUGUCACUAUUACUUGUAAAUGUAGAAUUAUAAAGAUUCACACAGCUUAUACAUUUUUAUGACUUGUCCAGGUAACAUCGGUUGGUAUGGAAAAAGACCAACAAUGCCCAGAUGAGGCAAAUAUUCUACAUGCUAAUUUAACAGAUAUUGAAAAGGCUUCGGGCAUUGCAGUUCCUAAUAUUUUUCAAACUGCUUGUAUUACAUUUAAUCAUAUCACCUAAAAUUUGGCAUUGGUAUGUACUGUUUAAAUGGACUAUAGUGAUUUUUAAGCAUGUGAUUUAGUGAAACUGCUGUUUACUGGUAAAUCUCAUCAUUUUGAUAAUUGAGCCCUGCCACGAGAAGAUCAGCAUAGUGGCUUUGCGACCAGCAUGGAUCCAGACCAGCCUGCGCAUCCGCAGUCUGGUCAGGAUCCAUG